CCUCCUGUCAAAGAGAAAAGGGAGCAGUCAGAAGAGGGUGACCUCCUAAAGCUCCCUGUGUCCCCCAAGCCCGAUGGUGAGCAGAGUAGGAGCCAGAGCCCCAUCCAGCUGGAGGACUCUCCUGAGGCAGGCGAGGAGCGGGAGGAGGAACAGGCCUUCCUGGUCAGCCUCUACAAAUUCAUGAAGGAGCGGCACACGCCCAUCGAGAGGGUACCCCAUCUUGGCUUCAAGCAGAUUAACCUGUGGAAGAUUUACAAGGCCGUGGAGAAGCUGGGGGCUUAUGAACUGGUGACGGGCCGCCGUCUCUGGAAGAACGUGUAUGACGAGCUGGGGGGCAGUCCAGGCAGCACCAGUGCGGCCACAUGCACACGCCGCCACUACGAAAGGCUGGUCCUCCCGUAUGUGCGGCACCUGAAGGGCGAAGAUGACAAGCCACUGCCCCCUACCAAGCCCAGGAAGCAAUACAAGAUGGCCAAGGAGCCGAGGGGGGAUGACGGGACCACAGAGAAGCCAAAGAAGGCCAAGGACUCAGAGAGGCACGUGGACCAGACCACACCGGGAAAGACCAAAUCAGAUGCCGCUGGCCUGACACAGCUUCCCAGCCAGGGACCCUCAAGGGAUAGUCCAGAACAGCUCGGCCCAACAUCUGGGCCCUCUCUGCCAUUCGCGGGUGCCAGUGGCUGCCCUGAGGCCUACAAGCGGCUCUUGUCCAGCUUUUACUGCAAAGGGGCUCAUGGUAUCAUGUCCCCACUGGCCAAAAAGAAACUCCUGGCCCAGGUCAGCAAGGCAGAGGCCUUGCAGUGCCGUGAAGAGGGCUGUCGCCACGGAGCAAGAAGCCCCAGCGGGGACCGUCAGGAAAGUCCCCAGAACCUAAAAGGGCCGGCGGAGACCUCUGAACACCACCGGCUAACCCCACAGGAAGGAUUGCAGGCCCCCGGUGGCGGCACCAAGGUGGAGGUGCAGGAGGGCCCCUGCCCCAUCGCCCCCACUUUCUCAGGCUGCUUUCAUGCCUACCCCACCGAGGUGCUGAACCCUGUCAGCCAACACCCCAGGGACUUGUUCUCGGGCCUCAAAGACAGGGUGCUGCUGGAACCUCCUGGGAAAGGGGAAGGGCUGUCGACCAGAGAGCCCCAGCUGCUGUGGGGUGGGGAUGCCAACCGCCCCUCCGCGUUCCAGAAAGGCAGUUCCAGAAAAAGAAGUUUCUACCCCAAGCCCAAAGCCUGCUGGGUGUCCCCGAUGGCCAAGGUCCCUCCUGAGAGCCCUGGAGCCCCACCCCCGCUCCCCAGUAGCCCAGGCCUUGGCAACAAGCGCCACUUGGAAGAAGAGGGCUUCGCCCAUGGUGGCAAGAAACUGAGAGCAGUGUCUCCCUUCCUGAAGGAGGUGGAUGCCAAGGAGUGUAGGGGCAAGCCUGCAGCACCUGGCUUGGCUGUAUCCUGUCUACUGGGCCCAGCCCUGGGUCCCACUCCUCCAGAUGCCUACAGGGGCACCAUGCUGCGAUGUCCCCUGAACUUCACCGGUAGCCCGGACCCUCUGAAGGGCCAGGCCACACUCCCCUUCGGUCCCCUGGUCAUCCCAGCUUUCCCAGCCCAUCUCCUGGCUACAGCAGGCCCCUCGCCCAUGGCUGCCAGCCUGAUGCAUUUCCCUCCCACGUCCUAUGACACUGUCCUCCGCAACAGACUGGGUCCAGCUUCAUCUGCCUGGCACAUGCCACCCGUCACGACCUAUGCAGCCCCUCACUUCUUCCACCUCAACACCAAGCUGUAGGUUGGAUCCCGUUGUGCUGUGCUGUGAGGAUUUGAUGGGGCCUCAAAAGGCCAGGUGCUGCCGGAAACCUCAGGCCGGAGCCCACUGCCUAGAACUCCCAGGCCAGUCAGCUUCCCCGAGUCUGUAUCCUCCCCUGGCACAGACAGUGGGGAGGCAACAGGCUUGUCUGAAUGAAUCAGCCUGAGCCCAAAGCCCAGGGACCAAGUUGUGGCAAAAUCACAAAAGUACCUGAGCUAGUAUUCUCUCCCUCCACAGAGGUCAAGAGGACCGAAAGGCUAAGGAGCUAGAGAGUAGCUCAAGGCAUCCAGGUUGGCCAUGAAAGGUCCAAUAAAAAGACACUGGUGGGAUUGCACCCAGCCCUGAGGUGUCCAGCAUUGGACUUUUGCAAGGG